CUGAGCUUGAGUACACACAGUUAUCUACUGUUAGACUGCAGAGAUGCAAAAGAGCAAAUUUCACCGGUGGCGGACUCCUAACAUUUACUGAAAAGAAGCAGCACUGAGAGAGUUGAAGACAAAAAAAACCUUCAAAAACUGUUGGAUAUUGAAACUGGGAAGAGAUAUGGCCGACCUUGUGCCAGGACUACUCAUUUGUUUGAUGGCAGUGCAGACCAUUCAGCAUGAUGGAAAUACAACAAGGACCAAAACCAACAGUUCACUUGGAGUGAUACCAAAAACCUUCAAGGGGAGCAGAUCUAAACAUAAUCACACAAUCCGAGUGCCGGCCCUGCUCUAUCCCAGCACAAAGCCUUGGCUGUAUGCAAACUCGGAGGAGUCAGUGACAGCGUAUACCACAGGGGUCCUCAGCACCUGGGUCAUACCUUCAUCAUACAUCCUGGCCAUGCUGGUGGGUAUCCCCGCCAACGCCUACAUUCUGGCCUUCCUCAGACUCAGAGCAAAGUCAUUCUCUACAGUAGUUCUUUAUCUGAACCUGGCCUUGUCCGACCUGCUGCUCCUGCUCUCCCUGGCACUGCGUGUUCACUACCACUUCAACGGAAACAACUGGAUAUUUGGGGAAAUCUCCUGCAGGCUCAUCACAGCCUUGUUUUAUGGCAAUGUUUACUGUUCAGCUCAAACCAUAGCAUGCAUCAGUCUGAAGCGCUACCUGGCUGUGGUCAAACCGUUUUUGUACAGAAGGCUUGCCAAGACUAAACUGGCAGUGGGGACGUGCUUGGUUGUGUGGUUCCUGCUCGGGGCUGCUAUUGUGCCUGAGCUCCUGGUCAGGCAGAGCUACCAGGUUGCCCACCUGGGAGUCACCACUUGCCAUGAUGUACUUCCCCUAGAAGACAAAUCCCAUUCCCCGCUAGUGCCAUACAGGCUGAUGCUGGUUUGUCUGGGCUUCAUAGUGCCCUUCCUGAUUUGUGUUUAUGCCCAUGUGGCAAUGGUAUACCACCUAGGGCAAUCUCGUUGUGACUGGACACCGUUUAUCAGGGUCAGCACUCUAGUUUUCAUCAUCUUUGUGGUGUGUUUCUUGCCAAGCAGCAUACUGCACAUCACCCACUACAUCCGUCUGUUUUCUAAUGGGGACGACAGACUGUAUGGAUACUACAGAGUAGCAGUGUGUCUCUGCUGCUUCCACAGUUGUCUGGAUCCCUUCCUGUGUAUGCUCAUUUCCAAGACGGCAGCCUCAGAACUACAAUUCAUCUCCCUCCACGGGAUACCACAGAGACCGGCUGUUAUGAUGUGAGACUGGAUGUGUGAGCACAGAAAAACAACCUCCUUGCUGGACCAUUGUUCAGAAUUAGCACAGGAUUGUUGGGAACCAGCAGGAAAGCACAAGCCCACAAAAAUUAAAACUGGACAAGUGGGUCUGUUAGGUCCAAAACAACACCAAGCUCUAUGAAGUCAAUUUUCAGGAAAAGGAACAUUUAGAUUGUGAAACCUAAACAAGCCUAUUAUGCAACACAGAAUUAAAUACAAAAAACACAUGAACAAUUACUCUUUCCAGUUUAAAAAGUUCAAUAUUAAGCAAUUCAGAUUUAUUUAUACAUGCUAUAUAAAU